CCGCGGCUGUAUGCACUAUGCAGUUUGUGGUUCAACAAUCAGUGAUGCGGUUGGUAGUUGAGUAGUUCUUCGUCGUUGUAUCGUUAGUCAAAUCUACGCUGAUAAAAAAUAAUUAUAAUCUAAUAUCAUAAAAACAACUUUCGAUCGGUCGUCGCCUCGUCGGUCACUAGUCGCUGUCACUGUCAGUACACGGUAAUAUUGCAAGACGUGAGUUUAUAUGCGUUGUGCGCGGCUGGCCAUCGUGUAUAUAGUUUAACCGAAAUCUAGUCUCAUUCGCCAAAAAUUAUAGAUUAUUAAAUAUUUUAUAAAAGUAUUAUUCCAUAAUCAAAUUAUUUGUCGUCUGACGCACUUAUUUAAUCCAAUAAUAUUAAACACACAUACACUAUGGCCGACGAAGACGCUCUACACGCCAAUGGCAACGUGCACGAAGAGAAUGGACAUGUGCCGGAAAUUGAGCUCAUCAUUAAGGCUUCAACAAUUGACGGUCGACGAAAAGGAGCAUGUCUAUUUUGUCAAGAAUAUUUCAUGGAUCUAUAUCUACUAGCCGAAUUAAAAACCAUCAGUCUUAAAGUGACUACAGUAGAUAUGCAAAAACCUCCUCCUGAUUUCAGGAGUAACUUUGAUGCAAAUCCUCCACCAAUUUUAAUAGACAAUGGAAUGGCUGUUUUGGAAAAUGAAAAAAUCGAAAGGCAUAUCAUGAAGAACGUGCCAGGUGGAUACAAUCUAUUUGUACAGGAUAAAGAAGUGGCCACGCUGAUUGAAAACUUGUACAGUAAGCUGAAGCUGAUGCUAUUAAAAAAAGACGACGUAAGCAUAAAUAGCCUGUUGUCUCACUUGCGUAAAAUAAAUUUGCAUUUAGAGAAGAAGAACACUCGGUUUUUGACUGGCGACACAAUGUGCUGUUUCGACUGCGAGUUGAUGCCUCGUCUUCAACACAUCAGAGUAGCUGGUAAAUACUUUAUGGACUUUCAAAUGCCGUCCGAUCUGAGGUACUUGUGGCGUUACAUGUUACACAUGUAUCAGCUGGACGCGUUCACCCAAAGCUGUCCGGCCGACCAAGACAUCGUCAACCAUUACAAACAACAGCAGAAUGUCAAGAUGAAGAAACACGAGGAACUUGAGACGCCAACGUUCACCACGUCCAUACCGGUGGAGCUUGACUUGCAACAAGACGAAUAAUGGCGCGAGUAUGGUACGUACGUGCGAUAAUACCAAUCUAUGUACGGCUAUAUAUUAUAUAUGUGUAUAUAUACAUACUACAAAGUGAUGUAACACGACGAUUUUAUAUCCUUGUCAUCCGCAGCUGCAGUGCAUAAUAUAUUGUACAUUUAUACGAAUAAAAACAUAUUGUAGUACGUCACGAUGACAUCACCACGCGGUAGACAACAAUAUUUCCGUUAAAUAUUUUAUGUAUAAUGUACAGAGUGAACUGUAGCUGCAAUAUACAUUAUAAUAUUAUUAUUAUUAUCAGUGGGUGUACCUGCGAUUUAUUUCUUCUUUCGGUUUUAUUUUUUUUUCUCAUAUUUUUCUAAUCUAUCUACGGUAUUAUGAUAUACUAUAACAUACACGCUCGUGUACUACUCCUCUUGUUAAUUUAUUCGUAAUAAUAUAUACAUAUAUUUUGUAAUAUGUAUUAUACUAUAUUUUUAUUAAUAUUAUCCAACUAA